AUGCAUUCUUCCAAAUCCCAAGCCAUCUUCUGUCUCAUCAUCUCCCAAGUCCUUACAACCACCGCUUCUCCCGCCCCCGUCAAAGCCCGCGAAGCACUCGCUCCCAUCCCCUCCAACUUCAACCCCGGAAUCUUCGCCAUACAGCCCAACAACGGCGGCGGCGCCUCCGACAACUGCGGCAAUGGCCCUAUCACUCUCAACCGCGACACAUGGACAUCCCACAACAUGGACCAACUAAUCAGCGACAUAUUCUCAACUGGAAUGAGCGAUCCCAAUUUCGAUUUCCACCAAACAUUUGGCAACCGCUACAAUGUAGAUUUCUACUGUCCCAACAGCUUCGAUAACUGCGACACUACCCCCGCCAGCUGCAGCGCUCUGAGCGGAACGCCUGCAGAAAAGGAACAGGGUUGGUUGGGAAUCAAAGCGAUGAUGAAUGUGCAGCAGAUGUAUCUGCAAUGGGAAAAAGUCAUGAGUAAUUCGCUUGAUACGCUUACGCAGACUAGUGCGGAUUUUUCAAUCUUGACGGUUAUCUCCGGCGGUCUUGCCGUCGCAGCUGUAAUCGGAACCUGCUGGGUACCCGGAGCCCUCGCCUUUACUCUCCCGGUACUUGGUACACAGAUCACCGCCGGUAUGCUCACAAUUGGUACUGGCAUUGCUGCCGGAACAGCAAGUUUAGCCGGCACCAUCGCGAAUGACAUUCAAGAUAGCAAGGAAUCUGAUGAACUGAGCGUGUUGGAAUUCUCGGAUUACUUACCGGUGAUGAAACAACUGGCGUUGAGCUCGCUGGAAUUUUCUCACAGCGGAACGUUUUCGAAUGGAAAGGUGAAUGGGAAUAGUGUGGGGACUUUGAAAGAUCUCCUCACAGGCGGUGCAUUCGCCGGCGACGAAGUCUUACAAGCUUAUGUUGGUGGCGAGAAUGGUCUCGACGGACUUUUUUCCCGCUAUGCAGCUAUCAAACUCCUGCAGGCAUAUUGGGAAGCGCAAAAUGCAUUUUUCAUCUACAUCCCAGAUGUCGUCAAAGAUUGUUCGGGAUGGCACGGUAAUACCGGUGGAAAGAAUGCUGGUGAUCCCAGAAGAUUUUGCGGCGAAAAGGGUAUGAUGAUUUUAGCAGGCGUUGACAACAACUCCAAGUUUUCUGCUCCGACGGGUAUUGAUAAUGGGAAGGUUGCUUCUAUUGGAGGAUUCAAUAUUCAACUCCAACAACUCUACGCCAGCACCUACAACAUGUACACCGGACAUGGCCUCGACGCCUACAAAGACAUCACCUGGCACAUGAACAACAUCGCACGUGAAUUCGUCGGCAACAAUGAUGCUAACAAAGCAUAUUCCACCGCUGGAUUUUUCACCUUGCCCGUCUGUGAAUUGAAAGGUUACAAUUGGAAACAGAGUGAUAACAUGCAUAAGGAUCCUCCUUGUGAUUGCCUAUGUGCCCAAGAUGCCUGGGGCCAUAAGUUCCUCGAUUAUGCUUCUCAGCCUAUCAAAGAUUGGUUGAAGAGUUGCCCACCGUGUUCUUAG